AUUGCAGAUAUCGAUGAAUGUGUACAGGCUACGGACAAUUGCGAUUCCAACGCUGAGUGCAACAACACGGUCGGAUCAUUCACUUGCACUUGUCAUGCUUGCUACAGCGGAGACGGCAUUAAUUGCACGAAUAUUAAUGAGUGCACCGAAGGCUCUCAUGAUUGUGCUCAAAGGGGGGGAAUUUGCGCUAACACACCAGGCGGAUAUAAUUGCUCGUGUGACCAAUGCUAUAAUGGCGACGGCAGAUCUUGCUCUCUAAUUACUUGCGAAAAUCUUACAGCGCCGUCUAAUGGGGCAAUAAGCGGGGAUGGGACAGUGUGUGGUUCCAGAGUGGCCUAUUCGUGUACCUCUGGAUAUCGGCUAAAGGGAGACAGUUUGAGAGAAUGUAAACGGGACGGCUCAUGGAGUGGAAAGGAGCCUGAGUGUGCAGAUGUCAACGAAUGCAAGGAGAAGACACAUAACUGUGACACCGCCAAUGGUGUCUGCUCUAACACCGGCGGGAGUUAUAAAUGCUCGUGCAAAAAAUGCUACACUCUGAACGGCGUUUCUUGUGAGUUACUUCAUUGUUCCAAUUUGUCAGCUCCAAUUCAUGGAAGAUUAUCGUCAUUGGAUACGGGUUGUGGGAGCGUCGUCUCGUUCUCCUGCUUAGAUGGUUUUGCCCGUUCAAGUGGCUCACAAAAGCGAAAGUGUAAUCCGAAGGGAAGGUGGUCUGGCAAAUCUCUCUUGUGCAAAGAUAUUAACGAGUGCUCUAAAGGCCACGAUUGUGACAAGGUAAAAGGAUCAUGCAAGAAUACGAUCGGCAGUUAUCAGUGCUCUUGCAAACCCGGAUUCUUCGGGGAUGGUCGGAAAUGUAGCGACACUUAUACUGUUGAGGGACGCGUAAUAGAUGCUUCGGAUGGCUCGGCUAUUAGGACAGCGCGCGUUUUUCUGGGAAAUCGAUUGAAGACAACAAAUACCAACGGUUUCUUCUCCUUCCGUAAUGUUCCCGGCCUUACUUUCAUACUGAACGCAUCAGCAAAUGGAUAUGUUUCUAAUACUAAAGAGAUCAAUGUGACUAGCGAUAUUGGAAGAGGCAUCGCAGAUAUCAUACUCGUUAAAGUACUAAAAUCAGGUACCUGGAAGAUUGUGGUCACAUGGGGUGAGGAGCCUCGUGAUCUCGAUGCCUACUUGAAACUCCCUGACGGCCGUCAAAUCAGUUACUUCGAGAGAGAGUUCCAGUCCGAAAAUUCCAGCGUCAUCUUGGAUAUCGACGACACUAGUCGAUUUGGGCCUGAAACGAUUACAAUCAAUGAAGGAAGUCAGUCUGGCAUAUACAGACACUAUGUUAAUGCCUAUACUGCAGAUUUUAGUAGAGGACAAGGGACUGCAGAGCUAUACAAUGGAAAUUCUAAAGUGGCAACACUGACAUCUCCAUUGGGUAAAGAGAAAUACUGGGUAACGUUUCUAAUCGAUACAGGAAUCAAAAAGUUCACGAUUAUUAAUAAGCUGACCAACUUUCCCGACACGGAAGAAAAAUAACUUGUCACUCAAUCUUCGAACUUGAUAGAUGUUUCUUUAAAAGUUGCGAUUGUAUGUGAUGUAUUGAGUAGCUCGGCGCGGUGCUACUAGUAGUAGUAGUUGUCGUAAGUCUUCAAUAAUGCCGAGACCAGGUAUCUGUUUUUCUUCUCUCUUCGUUAAACGUAAGGGUUAC